AUUUUAACACCGACAACUUCAUUUGCAAAUCCGACCUGGAGCAAACUCUGAACAAGUUGACCAAGGAAGAGCUGACCGAGGAGGAGGUUAGCCUGGUCUGCGAGAAGGUCAUCGAAGAAGCGGACAUGGACGGCGACGGGAAGCUGGGGUUUUCAGACUUCGAGAACAUGAUUUCCAAAGCUCCGGAUUUUCUCAGCACCUUCCACAUACGAAUCUAA